CCGGGAGCCCUACACAUGGGUACUAGCCUGGGAUGAUCAGGUUGCUACAAAGAGGAGGACGUUUUGUAGUCUCCUUUGGAAUCAGAUCUGUGUCUGGAGCUAUGUCGGAACUUUCUGGUAACAGUAACGCACCAAAAGAUGAGACUAAUGUGGGUAUAGGUAAGAGGAAAAGAAAGCACCGCGGGUUAGAUGCUGGCGAUCGUUAUGUGCCGCCGCCGGUGAAGCGGAAGCCCGGAAUUAGCUUCGGAGAAGAACAUUUUCGUGAGACCGAGUCCUACCUGGAGAAUGGGCUGCGCAAAGUCCGUCCUUAUUACUUCGAUUUUGAGACCUACUGUAAAGGCCGCUGGGUCGGGAAGACUUUAUUGGAGGUAUUCAGUGCAGAGUUCAGAGCCGAGCCUUUGGAAUAUUACCGACAGGCGGCCCAAGCCGGCAGACUGAGGCUUAACGAAGAGAUCGUACGUGAUUUAAACGUCGUACUGAAGAAUAAUGAUUUUCUUAGAAACACUGUGCAUCGUCACGAGCCGCCUGUGACAGCUCAGCCUCUGCGUAUUCUAGCGGAAAGUGAUGAGAUGGUGGUGGUAGAUAAGCCUUCAUCUUUGCCUGUUCAUCCCUGUGGCCGCUUCCGCCACAACACUGUUAUUUUUAUCUUGGGCAAAGAGCACAAUCUUAAGGAGCUCCAUACCAUCCAUCGUCUGGAUCGCAUGACUUCUGGUGUGCUCAUGUUUGCAAAAACCUUAGAUGUGUCCAAGAAAAUUGAUGAGCAAGUACGAGAACGGCAGCUGGAGAAGGAAUACGUUUGUAGAGUUUGUGGUGAGUUUCCUGAAGAAGAGGUAACCUGUGAAGAACCAAUACUUGUUGUCUCCUACAAGAUUGGUGUGUGCCGUGUGCAUUCUAAAGGCAAACCCUGCAAAACAGUCUUUCAGAGAUUGAGUUACAAUGGCAAAUCCAGUGUGGUAAAGUGUUUUCCGUACACUGGUCGUACACACCAAAUAAGGGUCCACUUACAAUAUCUUGGGCAUCCUAUUGUCAACGACCCAAUCUAUAAUACCGAAUCCUGGGGUCCCAGUCGGGGCAAAGGUGGUUCCAUAGACAAAAAUGAUGAGGAACUGCUUCGGUCGCUGGUGGAGGAACAUAGAUCGAAGAAUAGUUUGGACGUCUUGGACGUAACAGAAGAGGAUCUUCAGCUAAGCAUAAAGCGUAAAAGUGACGACAAAGGGUGUAGCGAGACACAACCUGUAGCGAGAGAAAACCUGCAGAAAAGCGGAGACUCCACGAAUGUAGAAUCCCCAGCUGCCUUAAAGACAUUGGAGGCUUCUAGAGAAAAUGAUCAAUCUGAUGGUGAAAAUGUAACCAACAAUGUACAGGAAAACAAACAGGGAUUAAGAGAUCUAUUGUGUGGUGAAUGCAAGCUUAUAAGACCAGACCCCUCUCCCAAAGACCUUGUUAUGUACCUCCACGCGUUAAGAUAUAAGGGAAGCGACUUUGAUUAUUCCACUGAAAUGCCAGACUGGGCACAAGAGGACUGGCAGUUGGAUUUAAAAUAGAACAUUGAUAGUGAAUGUCUGCCUUUUUUUUAAUUUUAUUCUGUAAGCCUCACAACUAUUUUUCAAAAGUUGUAAAAGCUUAUUGUGCUAGUUCUAAUUUGUGCUCUUGAAUGAAUCAUGACUUAUUAAGUUGUGUUCUACCUUUUUUUUUA